AUGUCCAGCAGCCUGACACAAGCGCCAUCCACGAGGUUCAAAGAGCAAGAGGGCGAUGAAGAGCUGAGUGCAUGGAAGCGGGAGACGCGCUACUACCUGCUCAAGGACGUGAACUCGGCUGUCGACUAUACAGCGCAAGAAUUGGAGCGUAUCGACUUCAUCUGGGGUCGCAUCCGCUCGGACCGAGGUGCUGCAUCGCCCGCCAUCAAGGCCGAUAUCCGCGUCGAAGGCCACCUUGUGGUGUUCACCAAGGUGGAACUCAAGCUGACCAAAGCCCAGCGCAAUGCGCCGAUCAACAGCACACUGCAGCAGUAUUGCGUACUGAACCAGAUCCUCGAGUUCCACGGCAUAGUGCAGAGCCAAGUGGGUAGACUCACCGCAAUAAAGGAAUUUUUGAACGUGCAGCGCCACGACCUGCUGAACGACCAGCCGAACAACGACGACGUCGAGGUGUAUGUGGAGAUUGUACAGCGCACAUUCCAGAGCUUGGGUCGCAUCUGUCAAGAGCUGCGUAACGCCGCCAACGUCCUACGGCUGCCAAGUCGUCGCCGAUUCCCAUACUGCUCUCAUGUCGACCACAGCUUCAAGCCUGCUCUUCCGUCAGAAGUCAUCGUGGACUUUUCCAUCCACCGCGGAGAAUUGUUGGUGGAGGCUUUUAGUCUGAUGGCUACGCAAAAGUCGAUCACAAACAUUCCAGAGGGCUGUGCAUCGAGGAAAGAGUUCAUCGGUUGCGUUUGUGCAUUCCGUGGUCAAAAAGUUGAGAUUGUCGAGUAUGCGCGGAUCUCGGUGCCGAUCCCGCAAUUAGAGGAAAUGCUGGUCCACCUCGACGAGCAGAUCGCGUGGCUGGUACAUGUGCGAGAUAACGUCAAAGCGUUGCUCGACUGCCAAGAUCUGUAUUAUGAUUACUACUAG